AUGAAGAAAAGAAGUCAGAGUUUCACUAAACUAUGUGUUGCUUCUUAUGAGUAUUUUGGGUUUUUAGAUUCCAUAAUAUCUUGGAUUCGUUCUCAGCAAGAAAGAAAGGAACAGGCAGAGCAGAUUUUUGAGAGAGUGGAAGCUUUAGCUGGUGGUAAUAAAGGAAAGUUGAAAAAGCUGCCAUUAUUUGAGUUUCAAGUGUUAGAAUCAACGACUGAUAAUUUCUCUCUCAGAAAUAAGUUCGGACAAGGCGGUUUUGGUCCCGGAAAUUUGCAAGAAGGCCAAGAGAUUGAUGUGAAGAGGCUGUUAAGUGGAUCAGGACAAGGGCUUGAGGAGCUUGUUAAUGAAGUGGUUGUGAUUUCUAAGUUGCUGCAUUGCAGGAGCAGAGAGGAUGUUAGUCUAUGA